UCCGCAAGAAAACUACCACACGGAGGCAUCCUGUAUGAACUCAAUGCCCCAGGAUCAGCCAAAUGGAUCAGUAUCCCAGCGAACAGAAGCAACUUCCUCAACCACUUCGGUACCGACAUUGUCAUCAAAGACCGUGCAUUCCACCUUCUCCUAGAGAACGUCCCCAUCUCAUUCGACCCCAACUCACAAAUCAUCCUAGUGGAAGUGGAACAGAAAGGUGGCCUGAGUCAGGAUGACAUAGUCAAAGCCCGCUACAUAAAGCCCAUAACAAGGCGUAACCCCAGACAGAGAACCGGUCACAUCGCAUUGACUCUGAAGUCCAAAAGGUCGGCCAACCAGAUCAUCCGUUUCGGUAUAUCGAUUGAGGGGAAGAAAGUAUAUGGCCGCAAACUACUCCCAGAACCCUCAAGAUGCCUCAAAUGCCAAGCGUUCGACAGCGGCCACAUCGCAGCAAACUGCCCUCAAGAACACGACACGUGUGGCACCUGCAGAGCUGACCACCGCACAGCCAGCUGUGCCGUAGACAUUCAGGACCUGUAUCACUGUGCGAACUGCGAAACUGAUGGCCACGCAUCAUGGAGCCGCGACUGCCCAGUAUUCAUUGCCAAAUGGCAAAGAUGCAGAUCAAAGAACGAGGAGGCCAGAUACAAAUACUUCCCUAUGGAAGAUCCUCUCAUGUGG